UGAGCUUCACUAACUAGCAAUGAAUUUUUCAUACUUUUCAUAUUAUUUUAUACAUUAAACAUAAGUUGAAAAAUGCAAAAUCUGAAAUAGGUGUUCUUUUUUUAUUUAUUUAUAUAUUACUUAUAUUUCAGCAUAUAUUUUUUUAAUUCUAACACCAUCAUUAAGGAAAUUCUGUAUAGCCUAUUUAUUUUUUCAUGUGCUGAUGUGUUGAGUGCGUGGGCUUACAGUACGUGUGUGUUUGUGCCAGGCACAAGAGACCACACCUCCUUCCACUGAUCAGCACCAUGUGUCCUUCACCUCCCACCUCAAGGAGCCCUAUAAAUCAAGGAGUCUUGUGCAGACCCUCAGCCUGGGACGUGGAACGCUGCAGCGAAAACUACCAGAUCACUAAAGGUGUGGCUGAAGUUUAUCUUGUUUUUGACUUUAAAUGAUUAUGAUGCUGAACACAGUGAUCUUCAGCUGGUUUUUGAUAAAUGUCAUGGUGAUGGCAUCACAUCCAAACCUGAGACGUAAUGAACACUCUUUUGCUCUUUAUGACACAGACAUACUACCUGUAGUGGAGCCCCUUGAAAGAAACUCAGCAGAAGAAAAACUGCUAGAAGACUUUGGAUCCUAUGAUGAGGAUCUGGGUAAGGCUGUGCGGCUGCAGAGAAGAGGUACACGCUCCCCCAGCCGCUGUAUCCCUCAUCAGCAGUCCUGCCUGGGCCAUCACCUGCCCUGCUGCAACCCCUGCGAUACGUGUUACUGCCGUUUCUUUAAAGCCUUCUGUUACUGCCGUAGCAUGGACCACACCUGCAAAAACUAAUAUGGAUAGAACCAAAUUCUAUCCUGAAAUGUCUAAUGGUGGCUUAACGUUUACAGUUUAUGCAGCUAUAGAAUGUAUAUUUGGAUAGUGCAAACAUGCAUCCUUACACUAUCCACAGAGACGUUUGUUACAUAAUGGUUAAUAAAGCUGCACAAAGCAUAGAGUGCACCUUUGCUCUUAACACUUCAGAUUUUUAUUGCUGCAGUUUUAAGGUGUAACUUUAUUGCAAUUUUAAGGGUCAAUAUCUAUUCAUUGUUUGAAAUAUUUUGUAUAUAUGCAUUCAAUAAACUCUGAUUAUUGCA